CACAAACUUCACUUAUCCAAAAAACCAGUUCUUGUGACUCUAAUUUAACUCAUCAAAAUUUUAUAUGGCACUUACAACUUAGAAAGAACACAAUGAUCCUAUCCUCUACAUGAACAAGACCAACCACAUCCAUAUUUCUACCAUGAAUGACACAGUGGACAAAUUGGUGAUCUUCCUAGCAAAAAGAGAUGGCAUAGACAAGCUUGUGAAGACAUUCCAAUAUGUUUCCAAGCUUGCAAACUGGCGUGUGGAAGUCACUCACCCUGAUAUAUCCAAGAGGUUCAAAAAUUGGGAAGUAGCUUCUGGUCUCAGCAGAAAAGCAUUCAGAACUGGAAGGUUUCUCACUGGAUUCAAUGCUCUUAGAAGAAAUCCUGGUUCUACUCUCACUUUAAGGUUACUAGCAGUGCUUUCUAAUUCAGGAGAAAUGGUCUAUUUCUUCUUUGACCAUUUUCUUUGGUUAUCAAGAAUUGGAACUGUGGAUGCAAACUUGGCAAAGAAGAUGAGUUUCAUAUCAGCUUUUGGUGAGGCUGUGGGAUAUGUUUUCUUCAUUAUAGCUGAUUUCAUUUUAUUGAAUGAAGGAUUGAAGGCUGAGAAAAAGCUUAGAAGUUCAGAGGGAAAAGAUAAUGAGAAAGAGAUUCAGAAAUUAAAAAGUGAUAGAAUAAUGAGGCUUAUGGCUGUUGCUGCUAAUGUUGCAGAUUUGAUUAUAGCACUGGCUGAAAUUGAGCCAAACCCUUUCUGCAAUCACACUAUUUCUCUUGGUAUUAGUGGAUUGGUUUCUGCAUGGGCUGGUUGGUAUAGAAAUUGGCCUUCUUAAAGUCAAUUAAUUCUAAAUGCACACUAUGUAAUGUUUUACUUUUCAAUUAAUUGAAUGCUUAAUUGUCUUGCCAAUGAA